AUGUGGCAGGGUCUUUUCGUCCUGGCCCCCCUGGUGCUCGGCAUCCAGGCGACCAGCCCCUCAUGUCGCUGUUUCCCCAAUGAGCCUUGUUGGCCCUCGCCGCAGCAGUGGAGCGAAUUCAACGCGACCCUCGGCGGCAAACUGAUUUCCACGGUACCAAUCGGGAGCGUCUGUCACACUCACGGGGAAUACGCUGCCUAUGAUCCGGAUGCGUGUGCUGAUUUGAUCUCCGACUGGGCCUAUCCUGUCACGCACUAUGAGACCUCCUCGUCCCCUAUGGCCUCGUGGUUCGCCAAUUUCUCUUGCGACCCGUUCUUGGCACCCGACAUCCCUGCAAUCUGGGCCCAGUGCAGUGGUUUGCUGUCAACGUUAAACACUCUACGAUUUACCAACAAGCACAAUAUUCGUAUUGUGGUUCGCAACACCGGACAUGACUAUUUGGGCAAAUCAACGGCACCCGGUGCAGUUGCCCUGUGGACCCACCAUUUAAAGGAUACACAGCAUCUCGAAUACAGUUCUGCCCACUACAAUGGCUCUGCUAUGCGGCUAGGUGCGGGCAUCCAAGGAUUUGAUGCAAUGGCUGCCGCUCAUGCACAGGACAAGGUGGUCGUCACCGGGAAUUGCGAAAGCGUUGGCAUUGCUGGGGGGUACACUCAGGGCGGGGGCCAUGGCCAGCUUGCCUCACAAUUUGGGCUUGCUGCAGAUCAAGCUCUUGAAUGGGAAGUUGUGACCGCCGAUGGAAAGCUCUUGACAGCUUCACCGACGGAAAAUGCCGACCUGUACUGGGCUCUGAGCGGCGGCGGCGGUGGUACCUACGCUGUGGUACUCAGCGUUACAGUCAAGGCCUAUCCGGAAUUAUUUACAUCUUCUGCAACUCUCACCUUCGAUGGGUCUGGGAUGGUAACGGAAUUCUGGGAAGCCGUGCAAACAUUUGUGGUGGAUACCCUGCCUCUCCUUGACGCCGGAGCCGUUGCAAUCUGGGCAAUUUACGGCUCAACUUUCAGUUUGACACCUAUAGCCCUCCCGGGAGGCCGUCGGGAUGAGCUGCAGAAGGCACUAGCGCCGACCUUGGCUCUGCUCAAGCAGAGCAACAUAAGCUACUCUUACGAUGCUCAGGAGUUCCCCACUUUCUGGGCUAGCUUCCAAGCCAUGAAUCCCCACAGUAACAUCACAGAAGCCCAAAUUGGAGGACGCCUGAUGCCGCGUUCAACGGUUGAAUCCGACCCCGCUGCGCUAAUAUCAGCUAUCCGGGGCAUUGCCGAAGAGGGAGUGGUUGUAUCUGGUGUCUCGCUCAAUGUGUCUCGUUCCACAUUUCCCUUUAACGCAGUGAAUCCCGCCUGGCGUGAUGCAGCUAUCUCCUUCGUGCUCGGCACGUACGUCAUGACUACCCCUCACUUCCCAUUGCCACUGCUGAACAGCACUAACACUUUGAUAAGCACUUACAAUUAUACUAGCCCGAAAGUGGAUGUUCAAUGUCAGUCCCUAAUGACGGACUCGCUUAUUCCUCGCCUCGCCGCUUUGAGUCCAGGUGGUGGAGCGUACCUCAAUGAAGCGGACUGGAAGCAGCCUGACUGGCAAUCGGUCUUUUAUGGCUAUAAGUAUCCGCUGCUGAAGUCUAUUAAGGAGAAGUACGAUCCCGAGCAUGUUUUCUACGCUCGCACUGCUGUCGGCAGCGAGUCGUGGUACGAGGAGUGGGAUGGACAACUUUGCCGGUACGAGUGA